AUGGAAUCCGGUGGCGCUUCGUUCCCUGCCUCUCGCACCUCAACGCCCGCAAGCGCGGCGUCGAAGAGGACCAAGAUCUGCGUCUACUGCGGUUCUUCGGCGGGCAAUGAUCCGGCCCAUGUAGAAGCUGCCCGCGCGCUUGCCCGGGCCAUGGCAGCCAACAACAUCGCCCUUGUCUACGGAGGAGGCACAGUCGGGCUUAUGGGUGAAGUUGCAAAGACGCUUGUCUCCCUGUCAGGGCCGGACUCGGUGCAUGGCAUCAUUCCCGAGGCAUUGGUGCGCUACGAGCGCGACCCGACAUACACAUCGAAGCAGUUAAAUGGCGAGAACGGCAAGCAUCUGGCAGUCCCCGAAGAGAAGGUAUUCGGGCGGACGACCAUCGUCCAGGACAUGCACACGCGCAAGCGCAUGAUGGCUCAGGAGGUCCUGGAAGGCGGUCCCGGCAGCGGCUUCAUCGCGCUGAGCGGCGGGUACGGCACCCUCGAGGAGCUCUUCGAGACGGCGACGUGGAACCAGUUGGGCAUCCACAGCAAGGGGGUCGUUGUGCUCAACAUCAAUGGGUUUUACGACGGUAUCCUGGAUUGGAUUCGCAGGAGUGUGGAGGAGGGGUUUAUUCAUGGCGAGAACAGGAAGAUCCUGGUCGAGGCCAAGUCGGCCGAGGAGGCCAUCCAGGCGUUGAGGGAUUACAAAGUUUCCGACGCUGUAUUUAAGUUGUCAUGGAACAAUCAGUAA